AUGCAAGCGACUCGGUGCUUGCUGAACGUGACAAAGAAAACUACGGGGAUUUUUGGUCUUCCUGUUCACCCCAAUCCCCGGCCUCACUUAAUCAAAACCUACAAUGACACUCUUGCUGCUUUGUCUCGCUUACCAACCGUAGCUGUCUACCGACAAGCCACAGAGGCUUUGACAAAGCACAGACUCUCUGUAGUAGAAUCCACUGAGAAUAUUUCCGAAAUUGAGAAAAAAAUAGAUGCCGGUCAGAUCGAGCAGAUUAUCACGCAAGCCGAAGAUGAACUGCGAUUAGUGGCAAAAGUGGAAGAAUGGAAACCGUGGGAACCACUUCAAGAGCCUCCACCCAAGGGUCAAUGGGAUUACAGCAUGUUUAAAGGAUAA